AUGGCCGUCACGGGCACCGCGCGUAUUCCUACGCUCGUGCCGAACGCGCUUGGGUCGGUCACGACGCACCUGCAAGUCCAGCACGGCGCACAAGCAAGCGGCUCAUGGCAUGUCCAAUUCCGGCCAUUCCGCACGGCGCGCGCUCCGGGCGAGCCGAAUGCAGCCGAAGCACAGCGCCAGCGGCGCACCAUGUGGCAAGUAACCGACUCGGCACUUCCAGGUGCACUGGUGCUCGUGCUGGAAGACACGGCACUGCCAACGAGGGCAGAAAUCGAUGCUGCCGGCGGAAACAGCGCACUUUCGCGAUGGCAUUGCAGCGUGGUCGGCGCCGAGUUUGCCACGCUGCUGCACCGCGCAAACUUGCCAGGGCCACUGGGCUCAGCGCCGGGUAUUAGUGGGCCUGGCGCAUGGGUCCAGCGCGGCGCGAAUAUCACGUUUGACGGCACCGCGUUCCGCAUCCGGCUUGCGGGCAAGCUGGCAAGGUUUGGCUCCGUGGGCGGGCAGGACGAGUGUACUCUGCGGAUCGGCAAUGUAGUGAUUGGCUCAGACCGCGUCGUGGGCGGCAUCGUCGAGGUCCAGUACGCCCCGCUCGUGCGCCUGCCGAGCCACUCUACCUUGCUUGGCUCGUUGCUCGUGGCACUCUUGCCGCCAUCCCUUGUUCCGCACAUCGCACCCGUGCCGCAACCAGCAGACUCGCCACUCGCACUCAACUCGCGCGUGCCCCGCACGAUGCUCGCGCCGUCGCAGCUGCGCGAAAUCAUGCCGCCGUGCGCUGCACCAGCCCCCGAGGAGGCAGAAGAAGAUGGAUUUCCCCCGUGGGAGUCGCAUACUUUGGAUCCGAUCGGCUGGGCGGGCGCAGAGGCGCGCCGAAGAAUGGCAUACGUCCACCUGUACAUCCUCCGUGCCGAGGGCCUCGCAUAG